AUGACCACCACCUCAUCCCAGGGUUCCCACCCAACCCGGACUCCCUCCGCCAGCGAGCAGAAACUCAUCGACGAUGUCCUCAAGCUCUACCAACUCCAACCCUCCGAACAAGCCUACUCCCACUACAGCGAAGAUGCCGUAUUCCACGACCCCGUCUCCAUCGCCAAAGGCCUCGACAGCAUCAAGUCCCAAUUCAACGGCAUGCCCAAACUCUUCGCCGAGUCCAUCACCGAGAAAUGCGACAUGCUCGCUUCGUCCACGUCGAGUCGGAUCGAGUUGAAUCUGACGCAGAAAUAUGUGUUCAAGUCGCCGAUCCCGUUCAAGGAGAAGGGGACGGAGAAGCCGGUGAAUUCGAAGUUGACGUUCCAUUUGAAUGGGGCGGGAUUGAUCGAGAAACAUGAUGAGGAGUGGGAUCACGAGACUAACAAACAAGGAGACGAGGGCUUCAUGGGGAAGGUGCAGGCCUUUAGGAAGAAGACGGAUGCCAAGCUGGUGGAGAAGACUGUGCCAAGUGAUCCUAGCAAGGUUUGA